GUAUCCCUGCGGCAGAUGCACCAUCCUGAGCCGUCUUCUCCAACCGAUGAUUUGCGUUCGUUCAACGAGCACAUCAUCAAGAUGGCAAGGGCCCUGGACAUUGAGCUUUCCUUCCCCGAGGAGGAGGCUCGGGACCCAGUGGAAUGUCGGGUGCAUGGCCGGGUACCCACACCGCCCUCCAUCCCACUGCUGCCAUCCUUGGAGUCCAUCGUCCGGAGGUCGUGGGAUGCGCCAGCCUCCUUGGUAGGAUCGUCCCGGAGGAUCGAGUCCCUCUACCGCAUAUCCCCGUCGAGUUGCUCUUGGUUGGCCGAACACCCCAAGCAGAACUCGGCGAUAGUGGAGGGGGCUCAGCAGGGCUUCGUCCCCAAGCAGGCUACUUCUCCAGUCGACCGAGAAGCAAGAAAAGUUGAUGGUCUAGCCAAGAAGGCCUACUCAGCGGCAGCCCUCGUGGUCAAGGCCAUCAAUUAUAACGCCUGCAUGGGGGCCUAUAUCCAGACCUUAAUGGAGGGGAUCUCGCCACUCAUCCCGGAUGUCCCAGAUGAACUCCAGAGACGCCUGGUAGAGAUCCGUGAUGAGGCCCACUCCAUCGGCAGCUGGCUCAUCACUGCCUCCAGGAAGGUGGCUGACUGUGCGAGACGGGCCAUGUCGGCAUCGAUGGCUCUGCACCGACAUGUGUGGCUGAGGGGGUCGGACCUCAACUCCAACAUGAAGUCAGCCAUCGAGGACAUGCCACUCGACGGGACCGGCCUCUUCCACGCCGAGACCGACGAACGCCUGAAUCAGGAUGAAGGCAGCGGCCAAGAAACACGGGAUGUCGUCGGCUUCCAUCUCGCCCUUCAGGAAGAGGCAGCGUCCGUGGCAGCCCCAAGGACCUGUGGUUCGCGACGGUAGACUUGAAGGAUGCCUAC